AGCAUAAAGAAAGUGAUACCUUGGUUGACCGAUAACGUUGGACAUCAUGAAUACCACCUGGCAGCAUUGUCGAAUCAAAUCAUUCCCAUCUUUGGCUAGCACAUCAACAGAUAUUUGCUCGGAUAUUCGCGUUCUAUCCUGACCCAAAUAUUCUUUCCCACGAACAAGAUCAGAUACAGUCACUGUGGAACGUCGUGGUACUUCUAAUACAGUCCUAGUUACUUCAUCGCUGGCUCCAUAUCAUGCAGACGACUCCUGAGCCCCAUCUCGCGAAUGGUUCGAAUUUGAUAACCACUUUCCAUCUGGCACAGAAGGCGCCUCUCAUACUUAAGCGUCAGUCUUCCAGUGUGGAAACGGUCGCACCCUCAUCGGUACGAGGGACUGAGAACUAUGGUGUAGUAGAGCAACUAUUGUUUUCAUGCCUACAGUCAGGGGACGACAAAUCCGCGCUACUUUGUACUGAGCAACUAGCAGCUCGAUUCGGCGUGACUGAUGAGAGAAUAAUUGGAUUGAGGGGUAUGUAUGAAGAAGCGGUUGCCGAAAACACAACUAGUCUUGAAGAAUGCUUGCAAACAUAUGACCUCGCGCUUUCCGAAAACCCCGUAAACCUGCCCGUACUAAAGCGUCGGAUCGCGCUCCUUCGCUCGCUGUCCAGGCCUGUGGAUGCCAUUUCUAGUCUCAUCAACCUCCUAGACGCAGUCCCAACAGAUGCGGAGGCUUGGUGCGAACUUGCAGAUCUCUACCACUCUCAGGGGAUGAGCUCACAAGCAGCUUUCUGUCUCGAGGAGGCCUUAUUAAUUGUGCCAAAUUCUUGGAAUAUUCAUGCGUUCCUCGGCGAAAUCUUGUAUUCGGGUGCCUGUGCUUCUGAAACAACGGAUUGUUCCCAGCUUUUGGAGGUGUCGAUACAUCAUUUCUCUCGCAGCGUAGAACUCUGCACUGAUUAUUUGCGGGGCUUUUACGGAUUGGUCUCAGCGACGUCCCUACUGGGAAGGAACAGACGUCUAAUGGAUCACUCUCGUGACUCUUCACCGGCUCAAGCAAGCCUUCUUACUGACAAGCUCCUCGAUGAGCUGACCGUUUUCGCAAGAAGCAGACUCGAUGAGAUUGUGAGAUCCCGUUCUUCAGACCAUCAGGCUUGGAAGGAUAACCAAGGCGAGCUCAUUGCGGCGAAGGAGCUCCUUCACCGGCUUGACAAAUCUCCCCUAUAGCCUUUCUACCACGUAAUUUAGGUGUCUCGUAGCACUCUAAAAUUACAAUGAUAAUCCGUUACCUACCGAG